GGCAGCAGCAACGUGCACACCCCUCUUCAUCCCUCCUGCUUCUUUCUUAAACCACUCGAGGCAUCCCUGUUUGCCUCAUUUAUCGCUGAACGGUGCUCUUCAACACGCUUGCGACAGCGACAAAACGUGGUCUCAAAGCCGCGAUCCUUCCCUCCGCCGCUUGCCAUUCUUGGAGCCCACUCAGGCUCUGCAGCAGAGCCCAACCCGCCUUAACAACCCGCCCUAACAACCCGCCCUUAACAACCGCUUUAACCCGAAUUCGGCUGUUUCUGCUCUAUCCUAGCAACCGCCCUCUCGCCCCCCUUAACCAUCGACACAACUGUCUGUCGCCAGUGCUUAUAACUUUUAAACCGUCAUCAUGAGCCGAUUUGAAGGACCGGAGCCCGCUGAGCGGGAUCCCACCCAGCCCUACGUCGCUGCUUUACAGUCGUGGGAAAACUCGGUCCGGGAGAGGCAUGGGAUCGAGCAGAACCUUCACAUGAGCUACAUGGAUCUGCUUCGCCGCUAUCGCGAUAAAUGUGACGAGUGCGACCGCGAAAAGCGCAACGCCAUGAUUUGGGAAAAAGAACAGCGCAUGUCGGAGAGAGAGUUGAACGGCCUCAAGGUUGCUGUCGAAGCCUCUCCCUUUGCCUUUGUCGUUGUGGACGGAGAUGGGGCCGUCUUUCGGGAAGACCUUAUUGCUCGAGGGGAAGAGGGCGGCGGAUAUGCUGCUCACGAGCUGCACCGACAACUUAAGGCCUACUUUCACGAAAACCAGCAACUCUCCAACAUCGACAGCAUUUUUGUGCACGUCGUCCUUAGUGUUGAGGGGCUCUCACGGGCCCUCCAUGCUUCGGCUACUCUACCCAUUGUCGACCAUGCGGCCCUGGCCAAGUUUGCCCGCGGAUUCGCCCGCGCCCAACCUCUUUUCACCUUCACCGACGUUGGCUACGGCAAGGAACAGGCCGACCAUAAAGUGCGUAAGCUCUUUGAGCUCAUGGAGAAGAACAUUCAGUGCAAAUGCCUCGUUUUGGCCGGCUGUCACGAUAACGGCUACGCUACAUUCCUCGAGUCCUUCCGCAACAGCCACAAGAUCUGCCUUCUGGAAACAACCCCUGCCGCUGCCGACUUCAAGAAGUUUAACUUCAAGCGCGUAAUGUUCCCCUCGGUCUUCCGGUCGGAACCUAUACCAUCCAAGCCGAGUUCCUUACCGGCAUUCACAGCACCGCCUAUGGUGUCUCCGGCAUACUCGGGAACCAGAGCUUCGCCACCGCCACUUUUCAGCCCUAUCGCAAAUGGGAUGAACAGCUUACCCAGCCCAGCGGCCACCGUGUCGCCUAAACCUGCACCGGCUCCGGUUGCGGUGAGCAAGCCAGAGGCCCAGUCCAACAGUUAUGCUACCGUUGGACGAAGCACCGCGCCCCUGACUAUCAACAUCGCGACCCAGAAGAAGCCGGUGUCGACUCGUCCAUUUUAUAUGCUCAAUGGCAAUAAUGAGCGCGUGGAUGUCCCGCUAGGGAAGCCCGACAUUAACGCAGUCAAAGCGCUCGAGGAGCGGAGGCAGAUGAGCGGCAUGAAUCUUUGCAACCGCUACCAUUUGGCCAACAACUGCAAAAACACCAACUGCAAUUUCUACCAUGGAGAGCGUUUGACUCCCGCCCAGUUGCUUGCGCUGCGCCAUAAGACGCGGAACCUAGUCUGCGGCUCGGGUCACCACUGCCGAGAGGUUACCUGCAACCUCGGCCAUCAUUGCUCAAACGCGGGCGCUUGCUACUUUGGUGACGACUGCCGUUUCUCCGAGAUGCACGGCAUGGAUAUUACCCCCACCAUUAAGAUUUACGAGGAUGGUAGCCGCGAGCUCCUCUAAACUUAGAACCUCUUCCGCCGAGUUUGAUAGAGAAUUAGCGAGAUGGGAAGCCAUAUUGUUGAUUUAGCCGCGUAUGAGCUGCCCCGCAAGUUGCGGCAACGUUUACACACGAUAAGAGUUUAGCAGUCUCAGGUUUCCGGGACUUGAGCGGGGGCGAAGGGAGCGGGAUGUUCGGAUCGUGUUUUGUUGGUUUUUAGUCUGGGAUGCUUCCUCGUGUAAGGUUGCUCCACACGUUCAUUACUUUCAAGUUUAUCGUCAAGGACCAGACCAGAUUGAUAUUACCCAAAUUCUAGACCGGAUUCACUCUUUACCGUUACGAGUGAACUGAAGUUCGUCAAAGCACUUUGGACACAGCAACUGAUGAAUGAGUUACCUAUCGGGGGGCGGCCUUUCAAAGCAAGGCCUUAAUAAUGAUAAUAUAUCGAUCAAUCCAACGAUGCUGACCCCU